AUGUCCUCCCCAAAGCAGCCAGUUUUUGUCGCUAUCGUAGGGAUAGGGCUUGUUGGCGCUGAGUUCGUUGAUCAGCUACUUGCUCAGCCAAAGGAGCUGUUCCAAAUAAUAUCACUAUCGUCGUCUAAGGCAACGCUGUUUUCGGCCGAUGGGCUCUCUAUUGGUCCCUCUUCUUGGCGCGACGCAUUCAAGCAGUCUGCCAUUCCUGCCGUCUUAUCCGCACUGACUGAAGAACUUCAUGGAUUGGUGAAGGCAGGCCGCAAAGUCGUGCUUGUAGACAAUACUUCUGCGGAGAACGUUGCAAACCUAUAUCCGCACUUUCUUGCCGGAGGAGUGAACGUCAUCACGCCAAAUAAAAAAGCAUUUUCUGCCAGUCAAGAACUCUUUGAUGAAAUUGUCAAAGCUGGCGGUCAGAGCGGAGCACGUUAUUUAAACGAGGCGACUGUUGGUGCAGGUUUGCCCAUCAUCUCGACGCUGAAGGAUCUGGUUGCAACAGGAGAUACGGUCACCAAGAUCGAAGGCGUUCUGUCUGGGACAAUGAGCUACAUUUUCAACAAUUUUUCCAUUGCUGCAAUUGGCGGGCCAUCUUUUUCGUCCGUUGUAAAAGUCGCACGUGAUAACGGAUAUACAGAACCACAUCCUGGAGAUGAUCUCAAUGGCGCAGAUGUGGCACGGAAGCUUACCAUCCUCUCGCGGACAAUACCUGCCUUACGAACUGCACUCCCCCUUGGAUAUAAGUCCGUGGAUACUCGUAGCCUUGUACCCUCUGCACUAGAUGGCCUAGCAACUGGCGACGAUUUCAUGUCGCGUCUGCCCGAGUUCGAUGGAGAGUUUGAGGCACUCCGGGAAGAGGCGCAGAAGGAGGGUAAGGUGCUCCGAUAUGUUGGAGUAAUUGAUGUUGAGAAGCGCGUUAUUAAAGCGUCUCUUGAAAAAUACGAAAACACGCAUGCAUUUGCAACGUCACUCGGUGGUUCAGACAACAUCAUCAUGUUCCACACGAGGCGAUACGGUGCACGACCCUUGAUCGUCCAAGGUGCUGGCGCUGGUGCCGCCGUUACCGCGAUGGGUGUCCUCAGCGAUCUAUUAAAGCUCAUCAUCUGAUAGGAGUAUAUACGUCAUUGUGAAUUAGACUUUAUCUUGAAUAUCGACAAAGAAAGGAUUAUAAGGAUGUUAGUAAUUUUACCCAGUUGUGAACAGGAGCAUUCUUGCUCCACAGGGUCGUGCAAAACAUGGAACGAUGCCCCCUACUCUAUACUAAAGAAAAUUUGUGCCUUUAAUGUCAGGGCAAUCGAACAAAGUUUACAUACUAUUAACGUGGUCCCGGGAAGUAGAUUAAUGAUCGUCAGCCUUCUCCGAGCACAGCAAGCGGGAACUGCCUAAAUCCCGUGACCGAGGGUGGCCGUCAUCAUGCUCGACCGGAAUGUGCUUCUGCAACUGAUCUGCAUUAUUGACCGGAUUCAUUUUGCACGAAAUCCUCUUCCCGCAAACAUAGCCAUUUUGACGUUUCCCCCGACCACCGUUACUUCUCAACAUGCAUUCACGGACAAUAUAAUUCGUGGUGAUGGAUCCCGGCCACCCCCUAUUCUGGUUAUGUCCUAAACCUGCAUAAUCC